AAUCAAGGUUCUAAAUCGGUAUUUUUCUUUAUUCCUCAAAUGUUUUGUCAAUAAAAAAUAUGUUUAUCUGCUAGUGAUAAUCGAGUGAGAUUUCCCUACAAUAUAAACUGCCUAAGCCUAAUUGUCAAAAAUAAUUUUGCCUGCGUAUUACUUAAUAAAAUGUGUCCACAUUUCUAAUCAUCUUGUAAUCAGUAAAAAGUAAAAUAUAAUUGGGUAACUAAAUAAAUCAAUUCUUCAAAUUUAUUUUCAGUUGUUUAUCAAAACAAAAUAAUACCUACACAAUUAUUCAGUGGUCAUGGACAAUGGUCCAUGGACUUCAAUCACGUGGCUCAUUUUUUUUACAUUAGAUACAGAUUAUGCUUACAUUGUGUUUAAAGACCAAAAUGAUUCAAGAUUUUAUUGCUCUAAUAAUUUCUGUGGAAGAUCAUACAAAAGUAGACGCUCGCUUUGGCGACAUCUUAAAAAUGAAUGUGGAGUACAACCAAAAUUUAAUUGUUGUAUUUGCAACAAAAAAUUUAGUGAUAAACAAUCAAUGAAGAGACAUACGAUACUAGUUCAUAAACAUUUGUUAUGAUAAAUAUCUAUUA